AUGGCGGUCUUCCGCAUCCUCGACCUGGCGGCAGAAUUGCGCAACCGGAUCUACGAGGAAUGCCUGACGCACGACCGGACGCGCAACUUGACAGCCAAUGUUGCUCUGCUGCGCACAUGCAAGAAGAUUCAUUCCGAAGCGCAAGGCGUUUUCGAGGCUGAGAGCUGCUUUACCAUUUCGGCAGUCUUUGAACUCAACCAUCCCACCGCCGGGGGCAACGCCUUCAUCAGCGGCGAUGUCAAGAACUUCAAGUCUGAUCGAGGCGCGAGCGUGAUGAGCUACGCAUACGCACUGCCGGAGUCCUUUCCCGUUUCCACCAGCGUGAAGCUACAGCUCGUCCUGAGCGACGUUCAAGGGCACGACAGACCUUUCGACAUAUCGCCUUAUUACGCGCCUGCACAUCGCUUCCUGUUCGCCCUAUCUUGCCGACUCACCCGGCAAGCCACGAUUCGCGAGUUCUGCCUUCGUGUAGACUUCAACGGAGCAUGGAAAUCAGAUCCUUCCCUCCAGAAGGUCUUUUGCCCAGUUCAGAAUAUCUCUCCCAAAAUCGCAGUCAAAGUCAGCGGCCUCCCGGACUGCGUCAUGGAGCAAGAUCCGAACAAUAUGUCUUGCCAAGGGGUCAGAUCUCUCCUCGAGUCUCGUGGCUCUCGUCUUGAAGCCUUCGAUUACAUCGAUGCCUAUCGACGCAUCGGGCCCGGGGUGAGACGCUUUGUGGACCAAGACGAGGAGAUAAUGGACGAGACCCUCCUCCCGAUAGCCGCACCUCUAUUCGACAUCUACUACAACCUCUGUAUGCCGCCUAGCUCGUCUAUGAUUUUCGGUAUACAAGAAAUGUUCGACCUCCGGGUGGCAUACAUUGCUCUCGAGGGAAUGAACUCUUCGAAGAAGAAGUGUGUUCCCUCGCACAGGGAUGACAACAAGGAUACGAGAGCUGCUACUAUAAAGCGGCUCCGGGAAUGCUACGAACUUGCCAGGAAGACCGAUAUUGCAGAUGCAAAGGACCAAUUGGACACGCAUUUCGCGGAAAUUCGUCGUGAUUAUGGCAUUUCCGCAGAGGAGUUGUCUUGA